UUAUUUUUACCAUCAUUAAACAUCAGGUAAUAAAGAUAUUGUGAUUAUUUAUUUCUAGGCAUGUCAGAAUGAUUCCAUUAUUUCCAUUAAUAACUUUAUUGUAAUUUAAAUACUGUAUAUUUCCACUGAUACAAUGAAAAUAGAAUAGCAUAAUGAAUUUACACACUUUUAGGGAGCGAUUAACUUUUAGAAUAUAAAUCUGGGAAAUAAUAAUACUUCCUUUUAGAAAGAUUAGAGAACAUGGUUGGUGUAACUGGAACUGCAUUAUCAUGGUUUAAAUCAUACUUAACCGAUCGCUAUCAGUUUGUGAGGAUAAAUGAUAUGUCUUCCAGUUAUACCAAGGUAAGACAUGGAAUUCCACAAGGCUCUAUAUUAGGACCGUUACUAUUUACAUUAUAUAUGCUCCCACUGGGCAAAGUUAUUAGAAAACAUGAUGUAGAUUUUCAUUGUUAUGCGGAUGACACGCAGCUCUUCAUAUCAGCCAAACCUGAUGACAGAGUGAGAUUAAAGAAAAUCGAGGAUGGUGUAGAAGAUGUAAAAUCAUGGAUGUCGCACAACUUCCUCCUAUUAAAUAGUGAUAAAACAGAAGUUCUCCUAUUAGGCCCCAAAGCUGCUAGAAAUAAAUGAUCAGACUUAAUGCUAAAUCUGGCCGACUUCUCAGCCACCCCUGGUUCAGCAGCUAAAAACCUUGGAGUUAUUAUAGAUUCAGAUCUAGCAUUCGAUAAACACAUAUCUAAUGUUACUAGAACAGCUUUUCUACACCUCCGUAAUAUUGCCAAGCUAAGAAAUGCCCUAUCACUGCAUGACGCAGAAAAAUUAGUACAUGCCUUUAUUACCUCAAGGCUAGAUUAUUGUAAUGCGCUACUGUCUGGAUGUUCCUGCAGUAACUUAAAUAAACUUCAGCUAGUUCAAAAUGCUGCAGCCAGGGUCCUUACUAAAACUAGAACAUUCACUAAAACUAGAACAUUUACUAAAACAAGAAAAUUAACUAAAACUAGAAAAUGUACUAAAACUAGAACAUUUACUAAAACUAGAACAUUUACUAAAACUAGAACAUUUACUAAAACUAGAACAUUUACUAAAACUAGAAAAUGUACUAAAACUAGAACAUUUACUAAAACUAGAACAUUUACUAAAACUAGAACAUUUACUAAAACUAGAAAAUGUACUAAAACUAGAACAUUUACUAAAACUAGAACAUUUACUAAAACUAGAAACUUUACUAAAACUAGAACAUUUACUAAAACUAGAACAUUUACUAAAACUAGAACAUUUACUAAAACUAGAACAUUUACUAAAACUAGAAAAUUUGACCAUAUUAGUCCAGUCCUAUCAGCACUGUACUGGCUUCCAGUCAAAUUCCGCAUAGACUAUAAAAUUCUCCUGUUAACGGAUAAAGCCCUAUACGGACUCGCUCCUGAGUAUUUACGAGACCUCAUCUCCUGUUAUGAACCACCGCGAUUACUCAGAUCUCAGGGUGCUGGUUUAUUAGCAGUUCCUAAAAUUCAGAGGAGCUCUGCAGGAGGAAGAGCUUUCUCUUAUAAAGCGCCUCAACUCUGGAAUAAUCUCCCCGAAUAUGUUCGGGACUCAGACACAGUCUCAAUCUUUAAGUCUAGACUGAAAACUUACUUGUUUAGUUUAGCUUUUGGUAAUUAAUGUUUUCCCUUUAGAUAAGGCUGCAGAUCCAGGGGUUCAUGGACAGAGGGAAUUGUGGUA